AUGGAUAAUAAAUCAAAAUCGAGUUAUAAGAGUGCUAAUAAACAGUAUUGUAUUGAAAAAGCUGCUCUAUUGAACAAACACAGUAAUAAUACAAAUAACGAGAUAGAACUCGAUAAAUUUAAUUAUUUUAAUCUAUCUGAUCUUCAAUCUACUAACGGAAAAUUAAACAUGGAGAAUACUUCUAAAAAUAAUUGUAAUAUCGACCCUACUAGAAUGAAACAUGAUUCAACGGAGAGUAUAUCUAAUAAAGAUAAUACAAUGAAAAUUUGUGUUGAUAACCUACGGCGAUUCGAACAUAUAGAGGAAAAAACAAGCAGAAGAAAGCGAAUACAGAAGGCAAUUUUGGUUUCUUGUAUGUUUAUCAUAUCAUUAAUGGUGUUUUCUAUAUUCAUAAUUUUUAUAAUUCAUCUAUUUUCCCCCAAUAUUACUGAAAGACUAAAUAUAUCACAGUUUAUUCCAGAGUCAGUAGACAAACUAAGCAAAAAAAUAGACGUUAUAAAGAGGGUAGGGAUUUCUUUAUUAAAUACAACAAACACAUCAGAAGUGACUACUAUGUCAUCUACUUCUGAUCUUCCAACAACCAGUUCUAUCAAAGAUAUAUCUACUAUACCUACUACAUUAAAUACAACAAACACAUCAGAAGUGACUACUAUGUCAUCUACUUCUGAUCUUCCAACAACUAGUUUUAUCAAUGGUAUAUCUACUGCAUUUACUGCAUUAAAUGCAACAUAUGCUAUAAAUGAUUAAUGCAAAAAGCGAAAUAUAACACAAAAUAGAUAAAGUAUACUUAACUGCUAGCCACUCAAUAUACUUAUAGAUGUCAGACAUAAUUACUUAGAAAUAUUCUCUACUGUAGUUAGUCUUCCCGC